AUGGGUGUAAAAAUUUUUCAAUCUAUUCAAGAAGAACUUGAACAUUACAAGGCAAGAGCUUUUGCGCUCGAAGAAAAUUUAACGGAAACACAAGCAACUCUUGAAGAGUUUCAACAAUCGUCAAGAGAACUCGAGGAAGAACUUGAAAGAGAACUUGAACAAUCAGAAAAACGAUGCAAUGAUUUAAAAAUCAAAAAUGAACAGUUGAAGAAUGAAGUCGACGAAUGGAAGCAAAAAUACUAUCAAUCUAAAUCUGAAGCAAACAUCAGUACCACACAAAUGCAAAAGGAGCUCGAUAACUUACGAUCCCUUCAAGAGAAAUAUAUGGUUGAGACAAGAGAACUUGAACUCUACAAUGAUGAGUUAGAGCGAACAGAACGAGCUGCCCAAUCAUCUUUAAUGGAUCUGGAAAGUAAAUAUAAUAAAGCAAUCGAACGAAAUGUUCUACUCGAAAAUGAACUUGAAGGGAAGAAUCAAUUGAUUGUACAAGUACAGAGAUUAAAGGAUGAAUUACGAGAUAUCAAUAUUGAAAUGGCAAUCUUAAAAAACCAACAAGAAGGAGAAUAUGGACCACCAACAACGGCUGCAGUCACCACAAUGUCUGUCGAUAGUCGACCACCAAGUCCCACUUUAUCUACAUACUCACGAUCACCAAGUCCCACUUUCUCUACACACGCACAAUCAAAACCGUCCGCAGUCACCACAAUGUCUGUCGAUAGUCGACCACCAAGUCCCACUUUAUUUGCAUACACACAUUCACCAAGUCCCACUUUAUCUACACACGCACAAUCAAAAACGGCCGCAGUCACCACAAUGUAUGUCGAUAGUCGACCACCAAGUCCCACUUUAUCUGCAUACACACGAUCACCAAGUCCCACCUUAUCUACACACACACAAUCAAAUCCUCUACCAAAACCCACUUUAUCUGCACACGCACAAUCAAAAACGGCCGCAGUCACCACAAUGUCUGUCGAUAGUCCUCCACCAAGUCCCACUUUAUCUGCAUACGCACAAUCAAAUCCUCCACCAAACCCCACUUUAUCUACACACACACAAUCAAAGCAAUCAAAUCCUGUUAUGAUGGUCCAAGAAAUGGUCGGAAAAGUAAAGAGCUUGGAAGCCCGUCUUGUCUCUUGUCGAUCACUCGUAACUCCCCUUUUAGCACCACCUCCAUCAUAUUCUGCAACGACGCCACCUUGUACAGCUACUCCCAGUCGUCCACCAUCACCAAAACAUCGGGCAGAUAUUACUUAUCGCGCUCCUUCAAAAUCACAACGACAAUCUUCAGCGCAAAAAAAGUCAUUUAUGAUGUUCGCUCCACUUACAUUCAAAGUUUAG